CUGUUUGGUUUUAGUGAUCAACCCACACAGCAAUGAGUAGUAAGCAGCACAGCAGCAGAGUCACGGAUGAAUCACACAUGAAACAACUUACUUUGAUUUCAAGGCAGACGAAGAAUGCCCAAAACGUCGUGAGGGUGGGUGGUGUGACGGGUUUGUCCUGUUUUCCCCCUGUUCCUCUUGCUGUUUAGAUGGUAUGAGAGCUCAGAGCAUUGCCUAGGGUUGAUAAGAGAAGAGAGGGAGGGAAGUGGCCAUCAUCUGUCUCAACAGCACCGGCGCCAUCGCAUCACAAGGCUGUGUGUUACAGUUGGGCAUCUGUUCGUUUCACACAAGACUGAUAUUUGCAGUGUGGAAUGAGCAUUUUGGGUGAGGGAGACAGAAACCGGUUCACGAGUAAGUGUCUUCAUUGCUCAUGUGUAUUAGCAUAAUGUUGCCGGGCGUGGGUGUAUUUGGAACAGGGCAGACAGUGCGCACCCUGGUGCCAUUACUCCAAAAAGAGGGCUUCCCUGUUCCGGCUGUUUGGGGUCAUAUGCAAGAAGAGGCAGAGUCACUGGCCAAUGAGUUGGACAUUCCCUUCUCCACCAGCCAGACUGAUGAUGUACUGCUACAUCCAGAGGUCCAUCUUGUUUGCAUAUUGACACCUCCACCACAUACACGUCAGAUUGCGGUAAAAGCUCUAGGUAUAGGUAAAAAUGUGAUCAGUGAUCAGGCUGCUACAUUGACAGAUGCCUGUAAGAUGGUGACAGCGGCAAGAUAUUACCCACAGCUUAUGAGUAUCAUGGGAAAUUCUCUGCGUUUCUUGCCCGCCUUUGUCCAUAUGAAACACCUGCUGGGGGAGGGUUAUUGUGGGACUUUACAGGUUUGUGAAGCACGUGUAUAUGGAGGCUCACUUCUCAGCCAGUCAUAUGGUUGGGCAUGGGAGGAGCUUAUGGGGGGAGGUGGACUGCACAAAGUUGGCUCUUGUAUAAUUGACCUCCUGAGCCACCUCACUGGGCGUCGGGCUAUGCAAGUGCAUGGAAUUCUCCGGACGUUUGUACGUCAAGGUGGCCCAGGGGGAGGAAUUCGUUCUGUAACUGCAGAUGACUACGCUUGCUUUCAGCUGCAGAUGAGUGGAGGUGUGGUCUGCAGCGUGACGUUAAACUUUAAUUUGCCUGGCACAGAUCUGCAUGAGGUCAUGCUUGUGGGGUCAUCAGGGCGACUCAUUGCUCGAGGAACAGAGCUUUAUGGCCAACGGAUAAACAUGCAAGUAGAGGAGCUUCUACUGAAUGAUGAUGGUGGGACUAGAGGAGGAGUAGGGCCAUCUGUCAGUGGGCUGAACGCCAUGGUGACUCAGCUCCGACUUUCCUUUCAGGCACAAGAGGACAGGCGCUCUUGGGCACGGCAUCCUGUUUCCAUGGCAGCCACCUUUGAGGAUGGGCUCUAUGUACAGACCGUUGUGGAUGCCAUCAAACGAUCAAAUCGCACUGGGGAGUGGGAGUCAGUGGAGGUCAAGAUUCAGGAUAUAGACCCAAACCACAACCACAGAACCCUGCUAAACUAACAUCACACACUGUUACAUUCAACAUAUACAAUUCUUUAUCCCUAAAAAGACCAAGACCUGCUAACAUCAUUCAGCUGCCUUUAAAAUGACAUAUCAGUACUUGCAUUUUAAACAGAAAUGUAAUGCAUUAAUUUCAUAGGCCUUACUAACUGAAAUUUUUGCAGUUAUCAAGGAACUUGAUAACCAAGUUCAAGUUCACCUGUACUUGCGCCAAUACUUACACUGGACAAAAAUUGUAGUUUGAGGGUUGUUUUUGUUGCUAAUUUACUGUAACACAAAGCCUAGCUGUGAAAUACUCUUUCUGUGCUUUCCUUUUUUUUAUUGGAUAUUUUGAAUUUGAGUUUGAGCCCCUGACGUUUUUAUAUUUUAUGUCAAUACUAAAUAUGCUCUGCUGAGUUUUUUUUAUUCUGUAUUCUGUAUAUGUGUGUGUGCAGGAGAGAGAUAGAGAGGGCACGCUACAUUUAAAGGGAUAGUCCACCCAAAAAUUUAAAUUCUCAUCAUUUAUCCACCCUCAUGCCAUCCCAGAUGUCUGUGACUUUCUUUCUUCUG